GAAGCAGUUUAUAUAGGAAGCUUUCGUGGCAACACAGGAUUAGAAAAUGCAAAUCAAGACACAAUUCUGCAUUGUAUUGUUUAAUACUAUUGUAUUAGCAUCACAUGCUCAUGAAAAAGUUGACGUUUUCAAACCAGAUACUCAUUCGCACGUUGAAUUUGGAGAGGCAAAAUCUGUGAGGUACUUGCUGUAUGAUGUUAACCCAGGGGAAGGUUUUAAUCUAAGACGGGAUGUUUUUAUGAGAGUUGCAAAUUUAGUCAAAUUUUUGAAUGAAGAUGAACCUUGGGUUCUUGUACUACCGCCAUGGGGAAGACUUUACCAUUGGAAGUCACAAGACCUCAACCAGAUCAAGGUCAAGUGGUCAACUUUCUUUGACCUUGCAAGUCUAAGAGAACACAUCCCUGUUAUUGAAUUUGAAGAUUAUUUGACAGUAAUGGGAGAAGAAGUAGUGGAAGAAAUUUAUUACCUUCAACGAUACAAAGAAGGAUGGACUAAUGGAAAGUGGGAGGAAAAAAUGGACAUCAGAGACUGUAUAGAUAGAGUACCUUACCAAAAGGAUGACGAUGGUAAAUGGAGAGGAUGGUUUUUUGGCUAUGAGAAUGUUUAUGCCAAAAAGUUUGCUUGUCUUUCUGUACAGAGUGAGGCUGGUAAUAUGAAGUCAUUUUUGAUGAAAAAUACAACAUCAAGGUCAGUAAUGUUAGAAAGAGCUGAGCAAGUUAUACAUGGACAGUACAGUGAAUUUAGUUCUAUGUUUUGGAUUGCCAGAAGGAGCAUGGUGUUUGCGAAGCAUUUAAGAGAUAUUGGUGAUGAGUUUAGAAGAGAGUAUCUUGAUUCUACUGAUGAAAAUGAUAAAACAGUUCUUGAAAGUUGGACACAAAUGAAGAAGAAUCAUGGUGAUGCAAAAGGUGGUCCAUACAUAAGUGUACAUCUACGGAGAAAAGAUUAUUUGUAUGCACAUAAAGAACAAGUUCCAAGUCUCAAAUAUGCUGCCAAACAAAUUAAAGAAUUACUGAAAAAGAAUAAAGUGAAGAAAGUAUUUAUAGCAUCAGAUUGUGAUGAAAAUGAUUUUGAAACACUGAAAGGUUUUUUUAAGAAAGCAGAGAUUUAUCGAUACAAGCCAACACAAGAAAUCAGAGAAAAAUAUAAAGAUGGAGGUGUGGCAAUAAUUGACCAAUGGAUAGCAGCCCAUGCCAGACAUUUUGUCGGAACUUACGUGUCAACAUUUUCCUUCAGAAUUCAGGAAGAGCGAGAGAUUUUAGGAUUUGAUCCAGAAACAACAUUUAAUAGAUUGUGUUCAGAAUCUGAAGAAGAAUGCGAACAGCCCUCUAAAUGGAAGAUUGUUUAUUGAUAUUAUAAUUUGUUGAUUUUUUGUUAUUUCUCCCACAUUUACAAUUAUACCAUAGUUCUGAUUAUGUAGGUUAAUUUAUGUAGUUUUCUGAUUAUGUAGGUCAAUUAAUGUACUUUUACUUAGUUAAUUGAACUAUAUUUAUUGAUAUAAAAGUGUAAGAUAAAUGAAGAACAAUUUUUUCCCAUACUUUAUGUUAUCAGAUAUU